UUUUAUUAUCAUUUGUCUCAACCUGCAUGCAUUGCCUAGGAUUGGAAUAUAUGAGAAUUUUCAAUGUAUUCGUUGGAGCUAAAUCCUAUGAAAGAGAACUCACUUCUCCCACCUCCCUUUCUACCAUCACCAUCUAUAAAUAUACAUGCAUCUUCUCAUCUUUUCGCAAGCUCAAGUCCACCUAGCUACUCAAAAACCACAGUCAUAGACUUUUAUACUCAUUAAUAGUAUUGAAAUCAUGGUCGCUGGUACUGUGGGUCAUGAAAUCUUGUCUCCAGUCUCACCAUCGAGACUCUGGAAGGCAAUGGUGAAGGAUUCCCACAACCUCAUGCCCAAGCUCAUGCCUGAAAUCAUAUCAAGCAUUGUCGUUCUCGAAGGUGAUGGUGGGGUCGGCACAGUCAGACAGUCCAACUUCACUGAUGCCAUCAAGGACUUCAAAUACUGGAAGGACUGCAUAGAUGAGAUCGACGACAAUAACCAUUUGUUCAAGUACUCAGUGAUUGAAGGUGGUCUACUUGGGAAGAAAGUGAAAUCAACUACAUUUACACUGGAGUUCAAAGAUGGCAUCAAUGGUGGAAGUGUAUGCAAGUUUCACGGAGAGUUUGAGACUGUAGAAGGUAACCUGCCAAAAGAAGAUGAAACAAAGGAGAUGAUGGGAAACAUGGAUGGAAUGUUCAAGGCAGUAGAAGGAUAUCUCCUUGAAAAUCCAAAUGCAUACAUUUAG